CAGUCUGAAAGAAAAGAGUCCGGCUGUCAUCAUCAUGCUAUCAGCUUUGCAGCAAUGCUCGAGAGUGCAGGCCACGCUUUUUCUGGUCCACCUUCUGGCUUUACUGCUUUUCUCCCUCCUCCCUCAUCCUCCUCCCUGUAUCUCCCUCUUUCUCUUCUCUUAUCUCACAGCACCUUUUUCUUUCCUCUUCUACCUUUUUCUUUCUUGCUUCUUACUUUUUAAACCGAGUCUCCCCCAGGCAUGGCGGCUGCACUGAAGAAAAACAUUGGCAAGAUUGGCCAGUGGACUGGCGAAAAGCUGGGCCGUGACGGCGGCAAAAACCGAAACCUUCAGAGCGAGACGGAUACCCGGCACCAGGGCAUGGAUGGGAUCCAACAGGCGUAUAUCCUGUAUACGACGCAGCUGCUGAAGAAGAAGGACGCCACGGAUGCGUCGCGGCAGAAGCUGUAUCUGCUCGAAAACCUCGGUGCCUCGAUGGUGCGGCUUGGUGGCAGCCUCCCGAGGGAUUCCAACUACGGCCGGGCAUUGGAGCGGCUGGGCCAGGUCGAGGAGCGCAUGAACGACUCGCAGCUGCAAUUUGUGGCCCAGAUCAAGGAGGGCUGGGGCUCGAGUCUGCAGCGUGCGCUGGACGACUUCAAAGAGUACCAGCAGCUGCAGAGGAAGAUGGAAAGCCGGCGCGCCGACUACGACGGACGCAUGGCCAAGUACAACAAGGCGCGCAAGGAGAGCGUGCAGCUUGAGGACGAGCUGCGCUCGGCGCAGACGCGGUACGAGGACACAUACGACGAUCUGGCGCAGCGCAUGAUGACGCUGCAGGAUGCCGAGCAGGGCUACCUCAACGACCUGUACGGGUUCUAUGAAGCGCAAAUGGCACACUACCAGCAGUGCUACGAGAUGCUGGAUGGCCUGCGCGGCUCGCUGGACGAACUAAUGGCGAGCCGUCGGGCUCCCGCUGCCGACCGCAAUCCCAUGGGCGGCAGCCUGACGACCCGUCACUCAACGACGUCGCUGCGCGCCAGUGACCGCAACCUGAGCAUGCCGACCCGCCGGCCAAUCCCGUUCAACUCUCCGCACGGACGGUCGCUCUCGCGGUCCGCUACCACCAGCGCGGCCCGCGGCUACAGCGGCUCGCAGUACAGCGACAACAGCGACGAGAUGCAGGCCCAGUACAACUACGCCCACGGCAUCGACUCGACCCCCGACGGCGGUGGCCUGGAGGGCAGCCUGGCAGUUCCCCGACCCAACCCACAGCUGGCACGUGUGCAGAGCGAGAUUGGCACCAAUGGCUCGCGCCGCGCACCGCCGCCGCCGGUUGCCCCCCGCCGCCAUGCUCCAGCGCCACCGAUGCCUACCCGUACGCCGCGCCGCAUCCUGCGCAAAACAAUCUAUGCAUUCAACCCCGACGAGGGCGGCGAGCUGGCGCUGGCCGUCGGCGAUAUCGUCGAGGUCUCCGAGCGCGUCGAUGACGGCUGGUGGAUGGGCUCUAUUGUCCACUCGCAGGUCGCCAGCCGCCUCAGCCAGAGCGGCCUGUUCCCCGCCAACUACACCGAGGACUGCCAGGAGGCCGAUGUGCCGCCCAGGCUGCCUUCCAAGGCGUCGUCGCCGGGCCUGCGCACGCAAGCCGAUCCCUUUAUGAGCUACAAUCCGCCCCCCGCCCAUCGCGCCCGCACCCAGCCCGACCACCCGCACCAGCCGGCGGGCCACCAGCGCACCAACAGCCAGGCCCUCGCUGCCGCCAAGCCAUGCGCAUGCGGCUGCGACGACUACUCGCCGAACCUGUUCAAGAAGGGAAACUGCACCAACUGCUUCCACAACCACUAGGUGGCGCGAUAUGAAUGAGUGAUGCUCUCCUCCUUGCAGUAGCCCAGGUCCUUAGCCUCUCCCGCCGAACGUGUUUGCCAGCCAGUGCAAGAGCUCCACCAUUUAAUUUUCUUUCUUCAUUUCUCUCCUAUUUGUGUCGAAUAUUCUCCCCAGAUGAUGAC